CUCCAGUCCUGGCAGCGCUGGUGACUACUGUCCGACCGCUCCUUUUCGCACGGCCCCUGGCCCUCCCAGCAUGGCCACCGCCGCCCGGGCGCGCAUCCUCGCCCUGCACGGCUACCCCGGCACCAUCGGCUGCAGGGCGGGCGUCGACCCGCUGGCGGCCCUGCGCGCGGGCCUGGAGAGGCGCACGGUGUCGCCGCAGACAUCGUGGCCCCCAUGGCGCCGAACCCGACGCAGGACGGCACGGGUGUUGCCUGGAUCGCCGGCGACCAGCAGCAGGUGGAGAUCACGUCGAAAUACAACGGACUGCGACAGGCUGCCGAAGGCGCGCAAGCACCUUGCGGCGGCCGUUCGGCUCACGGGCUGGAUCGAGGGGCUCGGGGUGAAGUUCACCGAGUUCAACGAGAGCCAGAAUAUGGAGACGGUGCUGGGCACAGACCCGCACCUCGUCGGCCUGCACCAGGGGAUGGAGGGCAUGUGCGUAGGGGAGAAGCGGACAAUCAGCCAGGAGGUUCGAGGUGGAGCUUGUCUCGUUGGGCAAGGGUGUGUGGCACGAAGAUGGCAAGCCAGUGAACAUCUUCAAAAAGAUGGACACCAACGGUGAUGGCAAGAUCGCUGAAGGAGCGAGUUCACGGCGUGGUUCCAGUCGCACGGCGGGCAGACGCCGCCCGAGGGCCUCUUCAAGCAGGAAGACCAGGAGGGAUCUCGAUGGAUUCAUCUCGCACGAGGAAUUCACUGGACCCAAGGGCAACGAAGAGCUGUAACGCUGUAGACGGUGGCUGCCACUGAUUGGGCGGCCGCCCUUCUUAGCUCCCCCUCGCGCCAAGCUCUUGCAGCACCCUUUCGUCUUCCUGCUCAACCUCAGCGUUUGCCGAUGUGGCGCGCUUGCUCCGGCCGCCGCGGGCCAGACGACGGCUCCCCCGGCGCCAUUAGUUUAGGCUAGAGUAUGGGACGCCUGACGCUUUUGUCAGACCCCGCAGACCGAGCAAGGCAUGGACGAAUAAGAGACGCGUGUUCAAGUCGAACGGAAUGUGAUGUGUUCAAGUGACAGCCAUUCCAGAUUGUCAUGUCUGUCCACGGUGUUGUUGUGAUUUCUGGUGCUGCUUCCGCUCCUACUGCUGAGGCACACGUCCAUGCGGCCAUGAGAACUGUUGUUGGUGCAGAGUGUUCCUGCUGCGACCUCCCAGAGUUCGCCUUACCCUCUUCAGUGUCGAAGGUAUCACGCAGUUGUUCUGAUCUGGUCGAGCCAAGAUUUUGGGAGAACGAUGACAUAUGUUCCACGUCCCGUUUGUUCAUCGAGUCAUCCGUGUACAGUCUGUUCGAACGUGGCAGCCGCAAUUGAACAGAAAGCGAUUUGCAUUGUUGACCUAAGGCGUGGCCAACAGAUAGGCACAAGCGUUAGUCUUCUUAUCAUAACGCAUGCUGUAAAGCGUCGCCCUGCGAAUUGCAUCAAGCGCGUCAGAAUGAAAGUUAUGUGCAGUUGCUUGCACAUUGCCAGGCAUAGGUCAGUGCGGAAU